AUGUCGCUGUUUAAAAUCCGCAUGCCGGAGACGGUGGCGGAGGGGACACGUCUCGCACUGCGUGCCUUUUCCCUCGUUGUAGCGGUCGACGAGCACGGCGGCAUUGGGGACGGGCGGUCGAUCCCAUGGAAUGUGCCCGAGGACAUGAAGUUCUUCCGGGAUGUGACAACAAAACUGCGGGGGAAGAACGUCAAGCCAUCGCCUGCGAAGCGC